AUGAAACAAUUGUUUGUAGAUUCAGUAAAAGGUAAUAAAGAAGAUAGCGAAAAAGGUAAUCAAUGGUUAAUACUUCAAGAUAAUAACCAUUUUAUAAAUCAAUAUACAUUAAUCAACUUAGUUGGUGACAGUAAAAAUAAAUUAGCUGAGGAAAACCAAAGAUUAUUAGCUAAUGAAAGCCUUUUAAAAGAUGAAAUCAAAAGACUUCAAACGGAUUUGGCUGAAAUGAAACGUAUAGUCGAAGAUAGGGAAUCACUUUUGAUCGCAGCCGACGCAGUUCACAAGGAAGAUAUGGAUAAGAUUCAGAUGGGAAUGUCGAUUUACCAAGACUUAUAUAAUGAAGUUUUAGUUCUUAAAAAGAAUGCAGAAAGAAGCUCGAGGAACUCAGUGAUGAAAAUGCAGACCUAA